ACAUCCCAUUUGGCCGUCCCAAGACGUUCAGCGACAAACACCUCAGCACUCGACGACUCUGCACUGGACUACAACCGUCAGUAUAACCUCAUGCAGUCAGACGCGUGGGCACUUGGGAAUCACCACGCUCCCAAGACCAUUGGUCGACUAUCCCAUCAGCGGGAGUCAUCUUUGUCUUCCCUCGGUUCAGCCGGUCCCGCCUCACCCUUCAACUACAGCACAUUAAAUCCCCAGAUCGCAGUCACAGACUCGACACCCGACGGACUAUACGAUAUGCAGGCCCACGACAGUAAUGCCUUUUACCAACUGUCCAAUAAAUCAAUGGCGGUGUCACACGACAACAUGUACCCCAACUACAACGGAUUGCAAAACAUUUCUUCGGACAUGGCUGGCUACGCCUCAGCUAUGAACGUUCAACGACCGCGCUCUGACCGCGGGUUACUACCUGCACCUGAACUUUCUAUGGCCGGCAGCAGAUCACACCCAAACUCUGUGGCAAGCUCCAUUGCCGGAGACUCACCCGCAACACCAUCACAUCUCGACCACGAAGAUGAUAGACGGCGGAAAGCUGUGUUCAGCAAUGUUCCCAAGUUAGACCGUACCAUGACAGACAUUUACAAUGAUGAGCUGUACAGUCCUAAUUUCACCAUCACUUCGGCAGCCCCAGCACAGAACCAGAUGGCCGUAUCGCCUAGCAACGAUGUGUUCGCUCAACGACUGAGUGCUGCAAACAACCAACACCUCAGCGCUGCUCAGUCGCCAGUAUCUAGUGUCUCGCGCGACCGCUCGCCAUUCCGUCAAGGCUCACCAUUGGCACCUACGCCCAAUCACGACUUCGGGCAAGGUGUCCAAGCCUCUCGUCUACGGUUCAAUUCGGCCCACCAGAUCCGGGAACAGAAGAAGGCGGAACAUGACGCACAGAUCAUGAGACAGCAAAUGGCCGUCAAGUCAGAGCCUGAGACUCCGAAAACAAUCUCGCCAAAGGACGCAAUGCUGGAAUUCCACGACGGUGAUGCUGAAUCUUCAUUCUCACUGUUCCCGUCCCAGGAAACGGUCAAUUUUGAGGAUAUUGCCAAGGCAGUUGCUACCCAGGACCAGCAGGCCAACUUUGCUAGGUCUGCCAUGCAAAAUGGGACAGCUUUCCCUUACAUGCCUGCUCAGCUUCAGACCGCCGUCCACAUCCCCCAACAAUACCCGUUCAUUGCCCAUUCGCGUCAAUCUCACGAGCAGGUUCCUCGACUUAGCUCUGCUGAGUCCAGUACUGGAGGAUCGGAAGUGACUUCGAUCUCACACGGGACACCCAUGGCUAAGCCUGCUGGUGCUACUGCAGACGGCGGCACUUACACGUGUACCUACCACGGCUGCACGAUGCGAUUCGAAACUCCUGCACUGCUCCAGAAGCACAAGCGAGAGGGGCACCGACAGACUCAAGGUGGUAUUGGGGGGCCAAGAAGACCCGAGGCGGUUGCUACAUCCCCCGACAGCAUUCUCAACAGCCAAGCGGGUCCUCACCGUUGCGAUCGCAUCAACCCUAGCACUGGCAAACCGUGUCACACAAUAUUUUCACGCCCGUACGACUUGACUCGGCACGAGGACACUAUUCACAACGCGCGUAAGCAGAAGGUGCGCUGCAAUCUUUGCAACGAGGAAAAAACAUUCAGUCGUGCCGAUGCGCUCACGCGACAUUACCGAGUCUGCCACCCGGACGUCGAAUUCCCAGGCAAGCAUCGCCGCCGUGGGCACAAUGUUUAG